AUGUCCAUAAAGUUGAACACUGGUUACGAUUGCCCACUGAUCGGGCUCGGAACUUAUAAAAUUAUUGGAGAUCAGGUUCUCCCAGUUCUCGACGCUGCUCUUACAGCCGGAUAUCGACUGUUUGACACUGCAAAAGUUUAUAAUAAUGAGAAAGAAAUUGGAGACGCAUUGGAAAUCCUUCUUCCAAAGCAUAAUCUGAAGAGAGAAGAUAUUUUUAUCACUACAAAAAUGCAUCCCAAUACCGUAGAAAAUGUGAAAAAGUUGGUGGAUGAAUCGUUGUCAUUGUUGAAAACUAGCUACAUCGAUAUGUAUCUCAUCCAUUACCCGAAGUCAUUUGACUAUGGAGACCAGGAUCCGAUGAACAAGACUCUACGAAUUGCCACGUGGAAUGAUCUCUGGGAGUGUAAGAAUGCAGGAAAGAUUCGAUCUGUUGGAGUUUCCAGUUUUGAAAUUCGCCAUCUGGAAGAGCUUAAAGAUCUCGGAAAGAACUUUCCUCCAUGUUGCAAUCAAGUUGAAUAUCAUCCACACUUCACGCGUGAAGAACUCAAAAAUUAUUGCAAAUCAGAAGGAAUCUUUUUUCAAGCAUUUUCCUCACUUGCCAGACACAAUGAGACCUUGUUGUCCUCGGAAAUUAUUACAAGAUUGGCAGAGAAGUAUCAUGUUCCAAAAACAACGGUUCUCUUGUCUUGGGCGACGAGUCAAAAAGUUGGAAUCAUUCCAAAGUCCACCAAUCCGGAAAGACUCGCUCAAAAUUUGAAAACAGUUCUGCUGGAAGAGGAAGAAGUGAAGAAAAUCUGCAACUUGAACCUAGACAAGCACUACGUUCGAACAACUGGAUGGCUUGUAUUGUAGUGUUAAAUUCAAUUCCUAUUAGAUUCCUUUGUUAUAUAAAAUCGUUGUUCAUG